UUAUUCUACCAUAUGGAAAUUGAAUUUGCCAUCGUAACUGUUGGCUUUAAAAUAUGGUUUUUAGGGAAAGAGUGGUCAAUGUGACCCAGAUUGAUAUAAUAACUUACCCAGUUUAGACCAUUUGAUGGAUGAGUUGGAUAAUGUGAUAAACGAUUUUUUAUUGUAAAAACUAACGAAGCUAUAAGUGUAAAAAACGUUUCUAUUGGAAAAGUACUCCUUUUUAGAUCUACUUCUGAAACUGAAUGUUGCAGAUAGAGCUCUAGAUAUAUUUUUCAACUCUGCAUUAUUCACUCUACACUUCAUUUCAUUUUUCCAAGAGUGCUGCACUUAUUCCAGACAUUUUUCCUGGGAAUAUUUCCCUUUGACUGCAUAAAUGACUUUGUCCGGUAAUUUGCCCCGAUGUUUUGCAACUCCCAGUCUCAUUAUUUCUGCUUUUUUUUUUAGGGGAUUCCCACACCCCCUUUUUUUCUGUGUAGCGGAUAAUUAUGCUAUGCUAAACAUUGUCUCACACUCGUCGUUCUGCCUUUUGCUCGCCCACACUUGAAUUUAUGGAUGGAAUACUUGGCGAACAAAGUUGUGAAUACAAAAAGCGUUUCCCCUUCCAGCAAUUAGACGCCAUUUCCAUUAGCGUUUAACCAUUUAACAUUUUUCUUCUUCAUGACCACGUUUUUUUCUAUGUUUUCUUUUUUUUUGCUUUUUGGUUGGUUUGCCUAACAAGUCUUCACACCUGCCCACAUCCUAAGCAAAUAUAUUAGUGUUGCGGGAAAAAGAGAAGUUGUUUAGGAAAAAAUCUUGUCACUUGUUGCCAAUUAAGAGGAAAAACAACGAGCACCCUGAUGAUCGUACAUCAAGUGGUGGGGUCGGUCGGUCGGUGUGUCUGUCUCUAUAUGUCUGGGCUCCCUCGUUUCCCAGUUUCAGAGUUCUCCAGCUUUCCACUUCUUCAGUUUUUCAGUUGCUCAGUUGUUCAGUUCUUUAGCUCCUCAGCGGACCAGCGGACCAGAGGCGGUCAACGUCUGACGCUGGCGGCGCAGCUGCUUCAAUUAGCUCAGUCUGUUUAUUUGCAGAUUUUUUUGCAGCUUUUGUUUUGAUUUUUACUUUUUUUUCUGUGCCUUCACUGUUUUGAAUGAGCAGAUUUUUUGCCUGGUUUGGCACAUGUGAAAAAAAGCAGAGAAGGCGAUCCGAAAAGAAUCAUUUCUUCAACUGUUUAAUUGCAGUUGCCUUUGGUUGAUGUUGUUGUUGUUGUCUGGCUGCCUGGCUUUUGCAUUUAAUUACUUUGUUUAUGGCCCCGGCAGCAACAAUAAAACUUCAAUUUAUGUGUGUUCUCUUUGGCACCCACCCCCCCCACUCCCCCGCUGUAGUCGAAUUCCAAUGCACCAAUUGACAGGCAUCCACACCCAACCCCCUCAACCUCCAGCCACCCCACCUCCUUUUCCAUCUCCUGCUCCUUUUCGCUGGCCUUUGUUAUGUAAACAACGCGAACUUUAUAUUUUUUGUGUCGACGCUGCAAUACUAAAACCAACUUAACUCAACUCGCCGCCCUGCCGCCCAAAAACGGAGGAAAAAAAAAAUGGGAGGGAAAAAGAAAGGGAAAACCACCCACAAUUCGCAUUCUAACUGAAGGCAAAAGUUUUUCCUUGCACAAAUAACUCGACUUCUGCGACUCAACUCGCUUUGAAUGCUUUGCAAUUUCCGCUCUUCUAAAUUUGUUGAAAAUAUUUCUUCCACCCCCUACUCCCCCCUUGUAGCCCGCCUUCCGAAAAGCGAGAAAAACUUUUCUGCUGUGCUGUGGGAAUAACAACAACGACAACAACAAGAGCAACAACAACAACAUGGUAGCACAACCCAUGACUGACUGCCCAACCUUGCGUAAUAUUUUAAUAAAUUUUGUCGCCAGGCAUUCGGCUCCCCAUUUUCCCACUGGAGCGAGCGAGCCAGAUAGAAUGCGGGUGGGAGCGAGAGGGCGACACACAAUAGCAGCUCUGAUUGCUGCCACUAACCUUUGUCCGAUUUCCGUUCGCCAUUCCAGUUGUGCGGCGCCUGCGUCCUAAUUAAAAACGCUGGCAAAAUGUAGGAUAAUAGCAGCAAAAGUGCGUCGAACCUGUCAAGCAAAAAAGGAAUAAAACACGUAAAGAAACGGGUGAUAUUUUAAAGAAAUAACAAACAGAAAGGAAAAGGUGGCAUUUUAAAGGAAAAACACACGGAAAGAAAGAGAUGAUAUUUCAAAGAUAUUCACUAAACGGCUAUUAACUUUCUGCAGUGAAGUUCGAUAUGCCACUCCACUAGAAAUAUAAAAUUUCAAACCGAAAUUAAUUCAAACAUAAUUGAAGUUCAAAUAUGUGAAUCUUUGUGAUUAAUCAUUACAUUACAUCAAAAAAAAAUUGUAUUUGAUAAUUGCAAAAUUACAUACUAUAAACAUUGACAUCAUUAAACUAUUGGCAAUUUAUUUUUUGAUUAAACAAAUUGACUGAUGCGUUCUUAGGAUACUUGAAUUUAUAAUGAAAGCAUGGCAUUAUAAUCUUCUGUCAUACUUAUUAUUUUUCCGCUGUGCAAGGAUCAGCCAAGCAGCAGGACAUGGCCUGUCACUUGAUUCCUGCGACGGAGUGGAGUGUGCACCGGUGGAAUUUCCAUGUCAAAGCAGAUUUUCUAACUGAUUUCAUGUCCAGCGAUUUGAGGCGCUCAACAAUUUCUAGUUUGCCAUCCAACUUGCGGCAUCCCGCUCUCUCCGAUGUCCUGUUUUUGUUCCUGUUCCUGUUUCUGCUGUUGUUGCUGUUGCUGUUGCCGUUGUUGUUGGUCCUGUUCCUGGGCGUACUGAUGAUGGCUGAUGGCGUUGGUGGCGGCGCCCACUGAUGUGGUAAUAAACACCCCUUGUGCAGUCUAAUGGACCGUAAUUAACUCGUGCGUCGACUGCGACUGCGACGGCGACUGCGAAUGCGACAGCGACGUCGUCGUUGUACAAGCGAUGAAUAAUAAUUUUUUGCCAAAGCCACAGAGCCGUAGAGUCGUCCAAUCCGUGGACAACAACCAGGACCCAUACCCCCCCAUCCCAGUGGUAUAUGGCCAGGCACAGUGGUAACGAUUGCCGAUUUAAUGGCCAAUAAUUUUGGGGCGCCCAAUCGCCGGCCAUUCGCAUCGCAUUUACAUAUGUAACUAAACUGGCCAACAGGCAAACCCUGUCCAGAUGGUGGAAAUUACUUAUCGCCUGUCAUUUGGGGUAAUCGCUGUCCCACAUAUUAGGUUCGAUGAUGAGGCAAUCUUUAUGUCCACAGCAAGUUGUUGAUUGUGUGUCGAGUUGAUCUAUAUAGUCUCGAAUAAUAUCAGGAUGAGAUAUGAGUGGUUUUUAUUGCGCGACAACAGAUGUGUACAAAAGUGAGAGGGUAAUUUGACCAAAGGGCGUGCGAUUAACAUUAACAGUUUGUAGGUUUUUAUGGUUCUUACACAUUUGGCCUAAUAUUAUAUCCAUAGCUCAGCAAUAGCAAGAGCUAAUCUUAUAGAUAGUAUUCUUUAAAACUCAAGAGCUGGGCAAAAAACUAGACUUCGAACAAUAGAAUAGUUUUAAGAGCAAUCAUACUCAUUUAUACCGCCACUUGUUGUCAUUUUCCGCUCCUUGAAAACCCUUUGAGCAGCACUCCUACACAUUCAGUUUAAAAAAUCGGCGUGUCAUAACCCUUUUUCGGAGACAAUUGCCUCUUCUGGUGGAACCGAUUCCUACCCAUUGUACCCUGUGUGCCUCCAGAUUACCAUUGUUGUUGCUGUUGGUCAGGGUGUUGCUGCUGCUGCUGCUGUUGUUUGCGUGACGGAUAUUGCCUUGUCACUUGCAUGUACGAGAAAUGUUAAAACGUGGAGCCGCUUGGCUUGGGUUUCAUCGGCUUUUGCCUUUUUUCCUAGCUCUUUAGCCCCGCACAGCGAUGCGGUCCACUCCAGGUCCUCCGCUUCCCGCCACCCCCUGCUAGUUACCCCCCCUUUUUCCGACCGCAGCAACCGCAGAGCGGCAAUCAACGCACAGCUAUAGCAGUAACAACAGCUACGUUCAACCAGCCAUUGCUGAGUUUUUGUACCGUUCGAAAGUUGUGCUAAAAUUUAAUUAAUUUCGCAAUUUGCCUAGACGCUGUCGAUUGUAGAUUGUCAAUUGCAGGCUCGUCGACCAAUUUCUAUCUUUUCAGAGUGUCCCCCUUCAUGCUCCGCAUCGAUGUAUCGUCGAUUUGCGCUUUUUUGUGCUUCUGCAGUGGGGCUGCCGAAAAAUUAUGAUGAUUGCCAUCAUCAUCAUCAUCAUACCGCUCGCUGCACCGCUUACAUGUAUAGUAAUACCCAUAGACGAACCUCGUAAUACUCCACAGUAAGCGGGGGGCGUGGCGAAUGGGCGGCGAUUUAGCCAGAGCCAUUAUAAAUACCAAUUUAAUGAGCGCAACAUAUGCAACGGGCACAAACCAGGGGCGCUGGCCACCCGGAAAAAGGGGGGUGUGAAGCUACAGCGAACGUUUAAUGCGAUUACAUGGCAGCGGCACAUUUGUCAUCGGGGGUAGAGUCGCGCAGUAACGGGCGUACACUGAGCCAAAUUCGAAACGGACGGGGAUAAAUCACUGCGAUAACUCAAUAAGAAAUUAUUGAUGGGCUUAUCGUUGAAAAAGUUGCGGUUGAAACUGAACUUGGUUAUGCAGAAGUAUUAACAUGGUUUUCAAAAUGAAGGGGAUGUAUUUCGUAUUUUCUUGGCGUUAAUAUUAUAUUGAUUUAUAUAAUCGGGCUAUCAUUUGAAGGCAUUAAGUGAUGUAUUGAAAUAUGUAUGGUGUAUUUACCGAUUUAUUUAUGAUAGUUUAGAAUGCAAUGAAAGGACCUCUCUUUCAUGCACCUAUUUUCUGCAAGUGAUCUAACUUGUGCAGUGAAUUUUAUGUGCACUGCGCUGUGUGUUACAUUUUGAUUUAUGUAAGUUUUGUUCAUUUAUGAUGUUACAUUUCAUGCACUUUUUAUGGGCAGAUUUUUAAGCAGAUUAAAGGCAUGUUUCUUUUGACGAGAUUAAUUGACUGUUUAUGUAAGUUAAACCGAUUGAAAAGUGAUAAGGGCUCCAAGUGGCGCCCAGAGUUGAAUGCAAUAAUGUCUAAAUCCGUGAAAUAGUUCUCCUAAUAAGCGUAUAAUUGCGCAAGUGCAGUGGCACCCCGUGAACUUCAACUUCAACUUGAACUGCAACAAAUGCAAAUGGAAAUGAAUGCAGCUUGCAUCAGCAUCUGUGUCCGUGUCCGUGUGUCAGCUUAAACAAAUCAAGUCAAAUUACUGCAGUGCUAAACAACAACGAGCAGAGGAUGCAGAAGUAGAAUAUGUGGCACAAACAGCCAACGACGAAACGAAAUGUAACGAAGCACAACAAAGUGAAACUGGCGUACCAGCCGCAAGGUUUCGCAUCCGAAAGAUAGAUUUUGCUAUAGCAGAUGCUACUGCUACUGCUACUACUACUACUACUGCUACUGCUACUGCAGCCACGCCAAUUGCAUGGCCAGCGUGCAUAACUCCAGCUGGAUUGUCUCUGGUCUCUGGUCUCUGGUAUGGGGUCUGGUCUGCCGUCGUCCCUGGUACCUUCGCCCGUCCGUCGCAAUCUCUAUGGUUUUCGUCCGGCAUGCGGGCCACUGCAGUAACAGUAGCGCGCAGCACAGCGGUGGAAAUGGCAGUAAGAGGAGCUCCAGUCGCCGCUCAUUAAGUGCCACUCCACGACAGUUGUCGCUAAUGCCGCCGCACCGUCCCAGUUCCCCGGGUCAACGUAAAUUUGCAAAUAUUUGCUGGAAUCAGACGAGUGGAGCAAGUGCCACCAUGUGAAGCUGCUGCUUCAACUGCUGCUGCUGCUGCUGCUGCAAAAAGGGCUGAAAAAUUCCUGGCAUAUUUGCCCUGCGCGAGCGCAACUUGAGCUCAAAUGAGUGUUAGACGAACGAUGGUGCGGAUGGCGGGGAGAGACAGAGGAGGGCUUUGCAAAUAGGUCUGCCCUUCAGCCCCUGGAAAGUCCGUGCCCCGAAGAAGUUUGGCACUUUAAAUGCCAAAUGCCAGCCGGGAAACCACUCGCCACUAAUCCAGUCUCAGUCAGAGACCCACUACCAGUCGCAUUCGUAGUCCCAGUCAGACAGUCCCACAACCAGAGUCCAUCAUUCUCCAAACAGACCGAUGCAAUUAUCCCCGCCUUGCAAACCCACCUGAGGCCAUCGGUGAAUCUCUUUUUCAUUUCCUUUAUGGGCAACCGCAUAUGGUAUGGCCGUAGCAUAUAGUUAGUGCCGCCGCCCGCCCUCUUUGGAAAAUUUCCAACAAUUGUCAUAUUAUACUUUUAGGUUCUAUUCACUUGGUUCACUCCAUUGUCCUCCUGCGUUCACGUGGCCACUCCCUGGUUUCCCUUUUGAUAACCAUGUCGGCGAAGGGCGCCACUUGCACCCUGUGUACCUGCAGCUGCAACCUGAAAGGUUCCACGGCGAGGAGUGCUCAAAAGAUAUGGGAACUGGUUUAUUUUCGGACCAGUAUUACUUAUUUAGGAGCAUUCCUUCUGAAAUCAAUACCAAACACUUUAUAUUCUAAAUAUAUAUAAAGUCUUUUACACUUAUAGAAAAUAUGCAUAUGAGUAUGUGGAGUCUAUAUGAAUUUCUGAGUAAUUUGAUAACUUCUCGGCGUUUCACUUGGAGAUGGGUAGCCCCCAAAUUUGGGUCACCUUUUCAGGGUGGCAUCCUUGUAUUGCAAGUUUUCGUUUGCUAUGAUCAAUUUUAUAAGCAGCUAAUUGGGUCUUCAAUUUCGGUUUGGAGGUCAGGUUAGAUCAAUUUUUUAAUGGGAGAGCCCAUUCCACUUUGUUCCACCGCAUAUGAGAACAUUCGAGUUGGUUGACAGCCAAGUGUGAGAACUUUUUAUGGCCUCUACGGGGGGUGACCACGAUGAAUAGAAUAUAUUUUACCACUUAGGAUGGGGUCAUCUCAUGGUGGGAGAAAGUCUGGCCAUUUGGCUAACUGUAAAGGUGUCUCCACAUGGCAGGGUCACCCCAUAAAUGGGGUCACCAGCACCAACAAAUAUUUUUAAGACAUUUAAAGGCAUUUGCAAGGUGUCAACUCUCUUGACUUGCCCAAAUGUUCAAAAAAAAAGAACAUUCCAAUCCAUGCCGAAAUAAGAAAUCAUCCCUUCUUGAGCUUCUUGAGCAACCCUCGCGUGGACUAGGAUCAAAACUGCCGGGGUUUUAACUUCGAAGCAGGGCGGUUAAUGACCAUUCAUUGUCUUACCUGACCCACUUGUUCCACUGCCUCCCGAGUUACGAGUUUCGAGUUCCUUUGCGCCCGGUGAGUCAGAGCCUUGGUGUGUAAUUUGUAUUUAAAAUGCAACAAACCAUAAUUUUAAAGUUGCCGCUGUGCGUGCAGUUUGUCAAAAAGGCAGGAUGGCUGGCAUGAUGAUGAAGUGGAGAAGCAGGCAACCUGCGGUGCGACUGAAGAAACGGAAUGAAAUUAUUAAGUAUUUGCCUGGCCCGGCAGUUGGAGAAACAAAGGCCAAAGCUUUUAAAUAUUUAAUAAGUAUACAAAAAUUGAGGAGCCCGAAUGGAGAGGGAGAGGGAAUCGCAGGGACAUUUGCCUGUUGUUGAGUCAUGUCAAUUGACUGACUGAGUGCCCCGCUGUGGCGGGAGAAUUGGAUGUGGGAAGUGGGUAUGGAAAUGGAAGUGGCAGUGAAGGUGAAUGUGGAAGUGGAAUCAAUACCAUGGAUGGCCGCCUGCAGGGUUCCCGAGUACUUGUAAGGAUAUACACACACUCUCUGACGUACUAACGGUGACAAUAAAUGAGUAAAAAUGACUUCAACGAAACGAAAAUGAAACGACACAGCGACGAACGGACGGACGGACGAACGAACGGACAGACGGACAAAAUCUGUCAUCAACACGCCGGCAGUGAAGAGCAAAAGAUACGAACCGAGCCUGGAUACGACGAGGCACUCACAGAUACCCACGCACACCCAUGCGGCAGCCAUGAAAUUUGAUACGAUGCGUGUGCGUCACUUCGAGUGUAAACGAAGGGUGGUGCAGAGAUGGUGCGGGGGCAGAAGGACACAGGACACGGUACAGACCAAAGAAAUUUCCAUUUAACAAUAUCGGUCGCCUGUUCUUGGGCAUUUUCCCAAAAUAGUGAUUUAAGCUUUUAAAUUGAAGCUGAAAAAUAUGUCUUCUGGAUGCCGUUGUAUUCAUAUCAAAGUUGACUUAAAGGCAUCACUCCAAAUGUCCAAACAAGGGUGGUUCGAUGGGUUACGACCUCCAGAUUAAUAGAGCUCCAAAUUUUUAUUUGGUUUGCUGCGCCUGCCAGUCCUCAAAGAUAUUUACUUUAUGCCUCGUCUAAGAAUUAAUAAAGAAUAACUUGAUUUAUGUACAGCCAUGGGCGCGGGUUGGAGGCCUAGACUUCCGCUUUAUUGGCCAGACAUAUUCGUAUGACGGAAUGAAAGUACUUUGUGGUUAUGUUUCAUUUAUGCUGUUGUUUUUAUUGAGCCUGGCAAAAUAUGAACCAUUAAUGGCCUUUUAUUGUUAUUAGCAGCUAAACUGCGGGGUUUCCUUGCCUCGGCAGAGUUAACCAUAAUUUUAGUGCGUUGCUAUGUCACAAGGAAGAGAAAUUAUGAUUGUGUAAAAGACAUUUUCAUUAUGAUAUUCCCUUGGUUAUGUUAUUAUGCCGUUUUCUUAUGUUAUUAAUUUGGCGAAAUGAUGCAUUUUUCUUGACGAUUUGUUUACCUUGCUUUUGAGAUUACUUGAGGGCUAUAAUUUUUGGAAUACCCCUAUGCCGCUCUAGGACUCAGGUUUCCACAUUUACUCGUCAACCUUCUGACUCCAGGGGCGACUCCCGUGGCUGGUGAAAUUUACAACCUUACCUGUCCUAAUCCCGGUGAUGCAGCAGCAUGCUCGCAGCAACAUAUUUCACUUCUCCCGGCGAGAACAAUGCGAAGGCUUUUAGGGGCAACGAGGAAGAUGCUCCGCUCUACCUGACCCGAAAUCCGGAAAACAAAAGCCGGAGCAGAAACAAAACAACAAAAACAGCAACAACAGCAUCGCAGAGAGCUCAACUGCAACACGCAUUGCACCUGGGAUUCUGGUGGUAUGGAAUGGUGCGAUGUGGUGUGGAGUGGUGUGCAGUGGAAUGGCAUUGGGAUUGGACAGGGGAUUGGGUGGACCUAGCGCACGCCUCAGAUUCUUUCCCUUUCGGCUUUUUAUGGAUUUGUGAAACAUUUUAUAACUUUACAUGGAAAUGAUGUGUGUACGCGAGUGUCGCAGGUGGGGCUGUUUAUUAUGGUAACCUCGAAAACAAGUUGAAACCGGAGACAGGGCGACAAACUAAAUAAUGCCCAGCAUUGUGUUUGUCCAUUUCGAUGAUGAGCCCACACAGACGAGAUAAAGAUAAAUACGAGAUAAAUGAAGAUUGCGUUUGGGCACUCGAGGCGCCAUUGUAAUAAUAAAGCCACCAAAAAUAUAAUAAUAAAAUCCAAGCCUAAAUCAAAUAGAGCAUAAUCUGCUUUGGAGACCCGGACCCGUACACUUGAUCGUCAUCAUCACUUGUCGCUUGGGGAAGGCAGAUCAAGAAAACGAAAAUGAUACGAAACGCAACGCAAAUGAAAAUGAAAAUGAAAACGAAUGCGUGGCACAAAUUGAAUCUGAUUGUUCAAGUAGUCGGAGUCUCGGUCUCUGUAUCAAAUGUAAAUCAGUGACUGGCAUCCAAUCCAUCCCCCUGCACUCGCUUUAUUCAAAUUCAACUCAAAAACAGCUGCUAUACUUCAUUACCAUAAGGUUUGCCUUGGCCAGCACUCCCAAUUCCAAUCCCAAUCCCCAGUGCCACAUUUCCGAGACCAAACCGACCCGACCCGAGCUCCCCUCUUGGUCCGACAUGCAAUUUGAUGUGUGAUUAUGCCUUUUUGUUGCUUAUCAAAAUGAAAAUUCAAAUUCAACUAUAACAGCACAUUGUUUACAACGCCCCCGAACCCCUUCUGUGCACCCUCGAAAGCAUCCCAAACAAAACCCAAACACAGCAAAAGCAACAGCAACAGCAACAUCACAUCAACGGCAGCAACACUUGGAGAGCUGCAAAAGUGACACUUCCAAGAGAUUAAAGUGACAUGUAGUGGUCCGUAUAUUCAGGCUAUAUAGCUACGGAUAGCGGCGGAUAGCGACGGACUGUCUGCCGAGGAGACGGACCCGCUGCCAACACCUUCCAGCACUCGAAAGUGAGGAGAAUGGAGAAAGUGGGGGCGUGCAGGGGUAUUACGAGUCGAGUACGAGUAUUUGUUGGGCUCUAUGCAUAGAUUAAUAAAUUAUAAGCCGCUUCUUUGAAUGGAGUCGCUCUGAUUACACUCACAGAAAUUGGGUGAAGAGCGGAGCUUACUCGCUAUUGAGUAACACGAGUUGCGCUCUGUCAUCAAAUCAGUUUAAUCAAAGGUUAGUGGAAACUCAAUGGACAAAGUGAGAUGCGAAAAGAACUGAUCAAUCACCAGACAGGCCAAAAGGUUCAUUGAAUUUAAAUUCGCAUAAAUAUAUAACAAAUGUUCCAAUAGUAGUUAUAUUUGCGAAUUGUGGGGAAUGUAAUUACAUUUUAAUUGAUUUGAUAAGAAUUUAUGAUAAAUCCAUACAAAUAUUAGCUUAAAAGCUCGCAAUUGAAAAUUAGUUUUAAUGUGAUCACCGAUGCCGUAGGAUGUAUACAAAUCUAAAGUUAAUACUUACUUUCUGGAUAGCCACGCAAUUGGUCAGCAGAAUAUCUACCAUGGUCGAGUUUACAAAUAUAAAGUGCGAGGCAGUGGAUAAGGAAUUUUGCACUUUUGAACAUUGCCAAAUAAAAUCGGUCAACCGGACAUAUAAGUACCUCUCCGUUAAAGCCAAAAUCCUGCAGUUACCGAUAACCAAUGCCAAGGUAAAUGGUGCACUGUACCAACGACUCAAUGGAUACAAGCCCUUUCUGUACAAUAUAACAUUGGAUUGUUGCAAAUUCGUCAAGAAUCAGAAGUCCAAUCCCGUUGCUAGUUUCUUUUACGACACCUUCAAAGAAUUUUCCAACAUAAAUCAUUCAUGUCCCUUCAAUCAUGAUAUAGUACUGGAUAAACUAACUGCAGAGUCUAUAAAUCACCGUGUGACUAGAAUUCUACCUUUUCCGGAGGGGCAGUAUAUGCUCCAAUUAAACUUUAAUGUUUCUGGCAUCAAUCGAGUUAUAUUAAAGAUUUAUUUAGCACUCUCAUAAUACCUCAAAGCACUGAAGAUAAUCAAAUGUAUUACAAUAAAAGCUUGUGAGGCGAAAGGGAAGUUACAUGUAUGUAUUACGAAAUAUAUUAACUUGUGGUUGAAAAUGUGUUCUAAAACGUGUCUAUCUAAUUUGUUGAAUUAGCUGGGCUUUUUUUCAGUGCACCUUUCGCUACCCUGUUCGCUUUCUUUUCCACUCAACUCCUGGGGGAAAACGACUGUCGGUCCCCAGAGCAUAUGUACGCCCCGUCCUCUUGGAUCCCCAUGCCCAUCCCCAUCCCCAUCCCCAAUGCCAUCCAUCCAUCUGAUUUUCCUACCCCGCCCCCGCAUCAGAAUGUGAACGUGAACGUGAAUGUGAAUGUGGAGCAAUUAAUGUUUGUGUUUUGUCAUUUCAAGCCCGACAUUGCCCGCUGCUGCUGCUGCUGCUGCUCCAUCUCGUCUUGAUGGGGAUGCUGUUUUUGUUGUUCUUACAUUUUAUGCGCAUAAUUAAGUCGGUGUAUCCGUAAAAGUAUGCGACACUUCCGGCUUGGACAACUGUCGACGAGAGUCCCUAUUGGAACUGGGCUUUGUACUGCCUUUUCCUCUGAUUUUAUUAUUAUUUCUUUUGCCCCCGGCUUUUGCAUUGUAAUACAAUUCAUUGAGCAUUGAGCACUGCGCAUUGGAGCUCGGAACUCUUUCUUUUCGACAUAUUCCUCAGCAUGGCAGGGGUGUGGGAAGAAAAGAAGCUGCGGAAAUGCCAAAGCACAAAUGGGGAAAGAUGAUGAUCGGAUCAUCAGCGUGGAGAAACGCUGAGAAGGAAAUUGGGAAAAUAUUUUGAUGUGCUGUAAAUUGUCGAUUAUAUCGCAGGUCCCCACGUCAAGAGAUACAAUCUCGAUUAUCUACGCUUGAAAUUACCAUUUACAUUUGACAGAUCUUUCCUGUUCUCAGUCCGUAAUUGAUAUUCGCCUUUGUAUCUUCUUUGUUUUAAUGAUAAUUAUCAUUUAGAGCCUAUGAAUAGUAUAAUUAUGGGUCUCCUCAUUCUUUGACAUUCCGUUUCUGUUUUAUUUCAACUUUUAACAUUUCAACUUUAUACAUCCAUAAUCGUUGGAUACUUGAGCACUAAUUGAGGCUCUCAUGUCUGGGCAUCGAAAUUGGCUUGCCCCACAAUGGCUGCCCAUCGAAAAGUAUAUGUUUUCGGUGAACCUGCUUUGGGGAGUGGGCACAAAUGCCGAAUAGUUGUCUGGGUCUUCAUCUUCAUCGUCAUCUCCAGCUCCAUCUGAUAUAUUGAUUGUUUGCACUUUGUUUUUCCGUUUCUGCUAUGUCAACUGUUUUUUCCCCCCACCCGUACUUAUUGUGAUUUUUUUGUGCUCCCAUUGAUUAAGACCCCCGACAUUUACUCCAUCUGCAGAGCGACAUGUUUGACUUUGGCCACGCUGACUUCAGCUUAAUCCCUCGGUGGGCGAAGCGGGCAGAACUUUGAUAUGGCUUAUCUCUGUGUCUCGAGAUGGCUGUACAAGAGCAGAGCGAUUUUGACACAUGUCAUAGGCAAUGGACAAACAGAGACCACCUCCCCAAGUGGGAUUCGCUUUCCAACUACUGCAGCUCCACUCCACUCCAUUCCACUGCUCGUGUAAGCCACAAAAAAACAAAUCACUUGGGGGCAACCCCUCCAUCUGGUCCGCGUGGCUCCCUCCCCCGACUACCCACCCAGUGGCAUUAUUUGAAUUAAGUGCAUACUUAAGCGUAAUUUAUUGGAAAAUCCACAAGAGCCUCCAGGCGGCUCACUUGGCUCGGUUUGAGCUGGGCGCCUCCAUCUCCAUCUACAGCUCCUCCAUCCAUCUACCAUAAAUCUAUUGUUUCAGUUGGUGCGAGGUCGCGUCAUUAAUCUGCAGACGACUCUCUUAGUCCAGUCGAAGAUUUCUGAGCGCCAGAUGACAUUCUAUCUAUGUGUGUCUCGGGUGUAUUUGUGCUGGGCUAUUUGAAUAGUUCUCUGACAAACUCCGCUCCACUCUUCCACACAUCUUAUCUCCUGGUGUCCGACCAAAAGGCAGUAGAAAGAGUGCUGAGUGGGUGGAAACAUCAUUGAAGUUGGUACAAUGUGCGGAUGGGAUGUUUAUUGGGAUCGGGAUUUCUGCAAACGACAUCGAUUUCAUUAAAUAUGCCAAGUGCCCAUUCUAAAGUCGUGUUAACGGUCAUUGCUUAUGCAUUAAAGUAAUCAUUUCUGCUAACAAUAAAAGGAAUAAUCAUCAAAUCACUGAAAUGGGCCACCAUUAGUGUGUUGAAUGGGAAAUUAAAUUUUAAUGCAGCACAUAUUUUAAUUACUUCUAAACAAAUAUCUACAGAGAAUGCACACAAAUAUGCAUUGGUUUUCAUUUUUUGAUUGAAAGAGAAAAAUUAGAUUAUAUAUUAAUCUUGUGUGAAAUUUGAAACACAUUAAUGGUUGGAAAUUCUAACAUUUUGUGGUAUACAAGCAUUUUGCUAGUAUUUCCAGGUAGAAUGUUAGUUUAAGAUGGAAUUUAUGUGCAUUAGGCCUCACUUAUUUAUUUAGUUCGCAUUCUAACUGGAAAUUUCCCAAUUUGCGUUGCCCAUUUAAUUUGCAAACACAAAUCACUUUCCUGUUAUAACUCUGUUCCAAAUUGAUAUUGAGUGCUUUGGAUUCUUCUUGGUAUCAAAUUAUUGUUGUUUUCCUACCCAAGCUUAAUUCGUUGGCACUCUAGACCAAACGUCCACUUGCCAUUUCCAGUUUAGAGCGACUUGGAAGCAGGCCUACUACUGCGACCACUCCACCGGAUUCUUAGUCUUCCACAUCUUGGGCACAAGAAGAACGAGUUAUUGGCAUGCAUUGAAUUUGCUUCGGAAUUUGCUGGGCUAUGGGGGGCGUAGGGAUUGGGG